AUGGUUGAAGAAAAUUUUUUAUAUGAGUUUGGAAGACUGACUGACAAAACUUUGUCAGACGGUGAAGAGUUAAAUGAAGGAUGGUCAGAAGAUGAGUUCACACACGGGAAAAAAGCUUCAGACAUAUUUUACGGUAUGCCUCCCAUACCUGAUUGUCCUGAUCCUAUUGUUAAACCCCAAACAUUUCACAGUUUAGGUCCAAAUGAUGAUAUGUUUGUUCGUCAAACAUAUGAUAACAAACAACAACUAAUUUUUGCUUUGAGUCUUAAAGCAACCAGAGAAAAGUUUCAGUUUAAGACCAAAUAUUCUAACAAAAAUCGUUAUGAGGUAUAUUGUGAAAUUGAGAAGUGUAGUUGGCGUUUAUAUGGAAAACACCUUGAUCCCACUGAUGAAUUUGAAAUCAGGACUUUCAACAACGUGCACACAUGUUCGUCAUUACAGAUACACCCUAAUCAUAAACAUGCUAAUAAAAAAGUGAUGGGUACUAUAUUGCAUGAGAUUAUGGGAAAAACUUGUUCCAAGGUUUGGAGGCCUAAUGAAAUAUCAAAGGAUUUGAAUGCUUUGUUGGAAAUCAAUGUAGAUUACAAACAAGCUUGGUGUGCAAUACAAUAUGCUAUGGAACUGUUGUUGGGAUCCUCUGAAGAAUGUUUUUCCAAUCUUUCUAUUUAUUUUCACAAUUUGAAGAGGCAUAAUCCCGGUACAGUGGCGUAUAUUCAAACAGAUUCUGAAGAUUGUUUCGAAUCCGAGUGUUCAAACGUUUUUUUUCGUAAAGUUAUAAUUAUGGAUGGUGCCUAUUUGAAGGGUGAUUUUAAGGGAACCAUAUUGCAUGCAGUAGCUAUGGAUAGGAACAACCAGAUAUUGCCCCUUGCGCAUGGAAUAUGCAAAAAAGAGAGUGGUCUUACUUGGACAUGGUUUCUUGAAAAGUUGUAUGAAUGUGUUGGUGAUUGUCAAGAAUUGACUUUUGUAACUGAUAGGGCCGAUGCAAUUCAGUAUAGAUUUAGUUCUACUAGGCCGCAAGUAGCAGCGUAUCUAAGUGAAAUUUCCCGUGCUAAUUGUACUAGAGCAUAUUCGUUGUCGAAACGUUACGAUUACAUGACCUCAAACAGUGCAGAGUUCAUGAAUGCUUUAUAUGUAGAUGCAAGGAAGAUACCUAUAAUACCCCUUCUUGAGUUCUUCUGUCGGAAACGUUCAACAGUGCUAACCGAGUGGGCUGAAAAAGUAGUUAGUAAAAAUGAAGAGUGUAUGACGGGAUGGUCCGUUUCUGGUGUUCCAGAUGCAAUAUAUCAAGUUCAUGAUUUCAAACAUGGUGGCAUAGUUGAUCUGAGGCAAGAGACUUGUACAUGCAAAUACUGGGAAGUAACUGGGUUGCCUUGUGGUCAUGUCAUAAUGGUCUUGAAGCACUUGAAAAAAACUAACUUCAGACAUCUGACUAUAGAUGCUUACAAAAUGGAAACGUAUUGA